GGUUUACGAAGAAUAAUGUCAGCUAGUUUCAUAAUCCUGUUUGUUGUACUUAUAUGCUUCACAGAAUGGUCACUUGAGACAGUGGUAGAUACUACUGAGUCUCACAUCAAUUCGACUGAAUCACAAUCCACUUUGUUGCAGGCAACCCUGCAAUCAUCAGACUGUUUACGGCUGUUUGCUCCACUCUUAGGACGCUAUUAUUGGAUUGAUCUUUGCGACAGUAAUAGUUAUAUUGACCCAUAUUUUAUGUAUUAUACAAAUGUGAUUUGUUCACAUCGAAGUUUUCUGACGACGAGGUACUGGAUCGUGUAUUCGCGACACGAAUUCCACGGUCAAUAUAUAAUAAUUCCGCCCGGUGAAUGUAAUAAUUAUUUAAGGCAAUACGGAAUGAUGUCAGUUGGGUCAGUACUAAAAUGCACAAGAGUAAACCAAUACGACACGAACUAUUACUGUCAUAGGCCACAAAGAACAUGGUUGCCGAAUAAUCAAUUUCCACAAGGCAUACCUCCAUUCGGACCUCAAUCGAUUCAAGAUCCAUUUGGAGGUGUGCAGGCGGCGAAUAUUCUUGGUCCACAAAAUUAACGUAUGACAACUGUAAUGGAUUCAACUUAGGUUAUUCAUUAUAAAAACCUUUUACUGUUACACAAUUUUUUUAAUAAACGCUACAAUAUGAAAUAAUCAAAAUAUAUUUUGCAAUUGUACUAACCUAGAUGGUGAUAUUUGUGGAAAACAUUUAUUUACCUGGUCCAAUUUUAUUUAAACAAAUCACACGAAAUGAUUACUUCUAUUUAGACUUUGAAAAUCAGUCCACAUAGAUAACAAAAUGAUCGGAUCAAGAAUAAAUGAUCAAUCUGCCAUAGCGGUUGAUGGAAGAUUUUCAAUCUCAUAGUCAACAUCACGGAAUGAUCAUAAUCAAACAAUAGCCGAGAGCCAACAACACUAGAUAGGCGCUUCGUUCUAUUAUGAUACCACUCAUCAGUGAGCAUCCAACACUCCACCACCAAUGAUCAAACCCAGGACUUCAGUUCCUGGUGUAAACACCUGAUUUCUAGACUACUGGGUGAAGCUGAACAUCCUGGAUUUGAAACGUGGUAUCCGGGUGAUGGGUGCUCACUUCUGAGUGGCAUCUUACUUGGAGGGAACAUCCGUCCAGCACUUACGUUUUUCAACUGGCUAGAUAAUCACGAUUAUUCCUUAAUGUUGACUAUGAAAUAUUUCCGUUUUUAUCAACCGUGCAUGUUUUACCUACCCAACUUAUUUUAAAUCUUGAAAUGAUAUUCAUAGAGAAUGUGAGCCCUUUCCUCUCGAUGCAAAAUAUAAAAUUUCAGCAGAGAGAAUAUAGGGUUAUAUAUUUGAAUAAAGAUUUAGUGAAUAUAGUUUAUGGGUCAUCAGUGUAUGUUCUGUUUCCAUGAAACGUUUCCAAGCAAAACGAUUACAUCAAAAGACUUUAUUUAUAGUGUGUGCUUUGUGCAUUACCGAAGGAAUAUCAAUCAUACUGUGAUAAUAUAACAACCUAAUCAGACUAAUUUAUGUAGGACAUCUCAAUAAAUGUAGUUGGAUUAUUAACUGGUUUUCGCCGUAUCAAUAGGCUUUCACUCAACCCUGGAUAACAAAAAUAUGAAUUUUAGAUGAUAAUCACGAAUGAUUAGUUUCAUCGAAGUGAGAUUCUAAAGUGAGUUAUAGGUGAAAUUGUUGUUCUGUUAAUUCGAACUUCAAUGUCGAUUAAUUACGAAAACCUUAUCUUCAUUCUGUGGAUAUUCACUGGGAGUUUUAUCAUCAAUGACGUUACAACAUACGUCAUGCAAUCUGAACUGAUAAUACAUACAUAUUCUCGACCACUGAAAUACACAUUCCAUCCAAUCGUCAAACUUGAAAUUACAACAUGAGUAGUAGAAAAUCCCAACUAAUCUGACGAACACAUCCCAUGUAGUCGACACAAUAAUAUUCCCUAUGAUAAUUGCAACGUACAAAUAGUAGGCUUCAAUUCUUUUUAUAAUGUGACGUUGUAUAUCCAGUACUACCAUAAGAAAACGAAUCAAUCGAUAACUUGACAUUAAAAAUUACGUUAUUAUUCAUUAAAUAUGACAUUAUGGUAAUGUUUCGUUUUAGGGUAUAUUCCGCUAGCUGUCAGAUAACAAUCAUUCACUAAAAAGAAGGAUUAGAAUAUCAAUGUUGUAUAGUUGCACUUAUAGUCGAUUCUCAAAUAAUUUUGUUUAAUGUUCAUGUAUGUCAUCAAAUGUCAUUAAUUUUGAAAAAAACAAACAUUAAUCAUAAUGGUGUUAACCACAUUGUCUUUCUAAAUAAGAAAACGAUUGCUCGAAUGAAAUCGAUUACACGCUGGCACGUAUAUCAGCCAAAAGUAGACGCUCAAAUUGAAGACAGUAAACAAGUGUGAACAGUGUCAUCGUGCAUUCAAAUCUUCAGCAGGAUUCGAACGAAUAAAUUGGCCAAAUCAAGAGUAUCCGUGGUCCAAUGUCGCAUAGUUGCACUUAUGGUCGAUUCCCAAAUAAUACUGUUUAAAUUUCAUGUAUAUCAUCAAAUGUCAUUCAUUGUGAAGAAACAAACAUUAAGUAUAAUGGUGACAAUCAUAUUGUCUUUCGGACUAUGAAAGCGGGAAUAAAAAGCGAGCAAACUUUUAUUUUGCAAUAAAUAUUUGUAUUCUUACUAAAUCUAUUGAGCAUAUAGUCUGCACAAACUACAUAUGGACGUGAUAUACAUUGCUUCAAUUUGGUAUAAUUAUAGCUCAUCAUUCAGUGUGACGAUAAAAGCUAUAAGCUUAGGUCAAUCCUCUUCUAAUUUGAUUUUUAAAAUGUCUUGACUGAAUAAUGUAUUUCAAAAGACAAAGGGGAGCAAAUGAAGUAGUAACAUUUCAUAAUUUUCCUUACAAUCUUUUCUUUCAAACUGUAGAAGCACAUCGCCUCAGUUAAAAUGGAACUGGAAAGUUACGAAUGUUCAUCAAGUUAGCUCCUGACGUCUAGUAAACAGAACUUAAAUAAGGCAUACUGAUAUUUCAAAUCCACACACACGAUUACAGAGGUUUUCUACCAUGUAUUUCAAAAGGUUUUCAAAGUCAGGACUUCUGGUAAGCGAAUCAAAAGUUGAAACAACGACUGUCCCUACUGUGUAAAUAUCGUUUUUUGUUCUCUUCAGGAUGUGUAUACACUUUGGUAUAAAAUCUGAAGCGAAGAGAUAUUGAUUUGUAUCUACCUAUUAAUAAAGCAUUAUUGGAUCUAUUGUUAUUUAUAUUUCCUUGAUAAAAAUGACCUUUCCUGACUAAUGAUUCAUUAUUAGUUUAUGUGGAGUCGGUUAUUCUCUUGUAACAGUAUAAAAAAUCAUUGCAUGUGAGGUUAGUAACGUGAAUCUGUUUUUUUCUUAUUGCAGGGAAGCAAAGAGUCAAUGUACUGGAAGAAGAGGAAAAAUCCGUACGUGAGCUGAACCUGCAGAACGAUGGACAAAACUAUUUUGUAAUAAAUUUUCCUCUUUUGAAAUCGAACCAUGUCUUUCAAUUCUCAAAAAUAUAUCUGUUGUGCUAGAA